AUGUCUUGGGCAACCUCAGGCCCUGGCUUUUGGGGCGCGGCUGCAGGAUGCCUGCUCCUGCUCUGGGUCACCUACAGCAUCAUCUACACUUUUUGCUGGUCGCCCCUGCGCCACUUCCCCGGUCCAAAGCUAUGGGCGAUAUCUCGCAUCCCAUCAAAUGUCUCCAUUCUCCGUGGCCGUAAUCACCUAGAUAUUCUGGCGCUGCACAAGCAGUACGGUCCAAUUCUGCGCAUUGGACCCAAUGAAUUGGCCUUCAACACAGCACAGGCCUUUCGCGAUAUCUACGGUGCCAGACCUGGCGGUUGUUUCCCUAAGAAUCGGAGCCAAUAUGUAGCCCCGGCGAAUGGGGUCGAUCAUUUGGUCUGUGCGGUGGAUAAUGCGACCCACGCAAGACAGAAACGGCUGCUAGCCCACGCCUUCUCUGAGAAGGCAUUGAGAGAUCAAGAAGGUCUUAUCACAGGCUAUGUCGAUACCUUGAUCACCAAACUGCGGUCACAGAUUCGGCAAGGGGCGUCCAUCGUUGAUAUCAAAAGUUGGAUGAACUUUACCACUUUUGAUAUCACCGGUGACCUGAUGUUCGGCGAGUCCUUCGACUGCCUGAAGGACAGCCAGCUUCACCCGUGGAUUAAGUUGAUCUUCAGCUCCAUGAAGGCUAUUGCUUUUAUUGGAGCUGCCAACCAGUUCCCCAUGCUCAAGGGCUUCCUGGAUUUAUUCAUUCCGCGGGAAGUCAAGCGCGUCGGCCAGGAACACUUUGAUCUGAGUGCGCGCAAGGUCGACCGGCGCUUGGAGUCGAAUAUAGCCCGUCCGGAUUUUAUGUCUGCUAUUCUCCAGCAUGGACUUAGCGAGAAGAAGGGCCAGUAUCGUGACAGCGAGCGUAUUAUGACUCGGGCUGAGAUUCAUUCUAAUGGUUUUAUUCUCAUCGUGGCAGGUAGCGAGACAUCCGCAACCCUACUAUCCGGCUGUAUCUUUUACCUGUGUACAGCUCCACACGUCAUGAGCCAACUCGUCGCCGAGGUCCGCUCGACUUUCAAACAGGACAGUUAUAUGACCUUCCGCGCCGUGGAAGAACUGAAGUACAUGACUGCUGUUAUCGAGGAGUCGCUGCGUAUCUAUCCGCCCUUCGUGACAAGUCUGUCGCGCAUUGUACCGCAAGGCGGAGCAGUCGUGAACGGCCAUUUCCUCCCUGAAGAUACAGCCGUGGCAUGCCACCACUACGCCUCCUACCACUCCGAGUCCAACUUCGCCUUCCCGGAUAAGUUCAUGCCAGAGCGUUGGCUGGGAUCUGACCCGAUCUUUGCGGACGAUAAGAAAGAUGUCCUGCAGCCAUUCAGUCUCGGUCCACGCGUCUGCCUUGGAAAACAUCUAGCAAACUGCGAAAUCCGACUCAUUCUCUGCAAGCUCCUCUACCACUUCGAUAUCACCCUGCGCCCAGAGAGUACCAACUGGGCUGACCAGAAAGCCUAUUUCCUGUGGGAUAAGCCGGCCCUGAUGGUCACGCUGAAGAACCGAUUCCCCGACGCGAGUGUGUCGGUCUGUCCGGAGCCUAUUACUCUGUUCUCCGAAUGA